UUAGCUAGGGUUUUUAUUUUGCUAGGCCACAUUUUUGUUUGAUCCAGCUGCCGCUGGAAUUUCCAAGAGGCGAGGCGGCAAUCGAUCCAUCGGCGAUGGAGGCCAGCGCUCUUUCGCCAGCAAUCUUGCCGCUUCCGAUCGUCAAGGCGAGCAACAGUGUUAGCUAUGCCUCGAUCAAAACCAAGCCUGGAGUUCUUGCGCAAUCCGCGGAAGAACGUUCACCGCUUAUGAAGGAACGCCGGAGGUGCCAGUGCUAUGAUCUUUAUGACCAGCUCGUCCCUUACACAGAUGCUUGGAGGUGGCAGAAAAGCAUCGUGGCCGAUUAUGCGAAAGCUCUCAGCCAAGAUCAAGGCAGCCCAGACCUCGACACCGUGCUCUUGCUCCAACACACUCCCGUCUACACAAUGGGGACUGGGAGCUCUUCCAAGUUCCUCAACUUUGCCACGGACGAUCCUCCUCACGAGCUUCACGUCACUGAGAGAGGUGGAGAGGUAACUUACCAUGGACCAGGCCAGCUUGUCAUGUACCCCAUUCUAAACUUGAGGAACUACAAGCUCGAUCUCCACUGGUACCUCCGAGCUCUUGAAGAAGUGGUCAUACGGGCGCUCUGGUCGGCGUACUCCCUCAGAGCUUCUCGUGUCGAUGGCUUCACAGGCGUCUGGAUUGGAGAGGAGAAACUCGCGGCGAUCGGAGUCCGUGUCUCAAAGUGGAUCACCUUCCACGGCCUGGCGCUCAACGUCACCACCGACCUCUCCCCCUUCAGCAAGAUCGUUCCUUGCGGCAUUCGCGACAAAGCCGUGGGGAGCGUCGCCAAGCUCGUCGAUCCAGCGUCGUCCAACACAGCGAUGCUCAACCACGUCCACAAGCAUUUGCUCCAGGCAUUCUCCGACGUCUUCAACACAGAGCUGGUCCACCCAAGACAACAGCAAUUACUAUACAAACACGAUUAUCAUUCACUAUAAUUAAUCACACCAUUGUCACAAGCUA